AUGUUCCUGUCCAUAAGCCCUCCCUCCUAUCUGCCCUCCAACCACCGCUCCAGCCGGAAGUCAAAGGGCUGCGGAAACACGUCCUCGCCAUGGUGGAGAUUAUACGCAGCAGCGCCUACGAUCGUGCCGGCAGGCAAGAUAUGUUUGCCGAGACGGAGAAUGGACGAUGAAGAAAUCUUGCGUCGCGCAGAUAGGGAAUGGGCUCUGGGUGGGUUGGUAGGCUUUCCUGUUGCGGCAACAACUACACAGCAUGGCUUUGAGCUCUACACUGCAAAUUCCAUUCGUAUUGCCGCAUAUAUCGGCCUUAUUAUAGAUGCAGAAGAUGCCUCUCCUGCCUCGCCGGACCGCACAACUGCUAUCUCUGUGCGCUGCCAGUCCCAUUCAGACCGAGCGGUCCUUGAUAGGACCUUGGAUAUGCUUCCUGAAAUAUAUCGCCGACAUGCUGCGCCAAGCUGUCCGAUCAACUCCGUCCCUUUGGAUCCUGUCGUUCGUCGCCCAGGCCAUACAUGA